CUUGAAGACUUAUACGUUUUCAAAGGAAAGGUCAGAAAACUCCCUUUGUCAGAAUAAGUACUUUGUUUUAUAUCACUUUGAAUUCAAUAAAACGGAUAAGCUAUGUAUCCCACCAUGACAGUAUAUCGUCUUUUUCACUCUUGUUGCUUUCGUGUUCAAAUAGCAGAUAGCACUCCCUCCUCUGAAGGAGCCUCUGGGUUCAUACUGUGCAGGAAUUUUAACAAGCGGGCCUCCUGUUGAUGAGAUGAAGCUGACAUCCAUACAGUGUUCAAUCGAGUGAAAAGAGGCAAAAACAAGCUAAUCACGUGGCUUCUGUUUGUUUUUGUUUACCAGCUGAGCUGUUCUGAGGCCUCAACAUGAAAUCUGCAUUGUAUUUUUAGAGUUUGUCAGGGGAAAGAAAGUAAUGGCAUAAAUGAAAUCAGCUUUAAAACACUUUUUUGAAUUAGGAAAAUGUCACACGGUGUGAAUGCUGUAAGAAUUGGCUCUCCUGCUAUCUGUGCCGUUGUUUUUACACCUUUUUUUCUCAGAGUCCAAAAGUGCACACUUACGUUAAAGCAUAUUUACCCAGACAAACAUUACUCUACAGAAAAGUGUCAAGCACUUGAACCGCUUUAAAUAAUUCCUGGAGCUUGGAAGAGUGCCGGCUUUGUUUUCUGCACCCGGGGCGGGUGAGCCAAGAGCCAAUGAGAGUAGAAUGAGGGGGGGUAGAGUGGGAAAAGUUCUGGCCUACACAGUGUGCUCCCACUACAGUUUCGCUCAGUGACCUAUAGACACACACAAAAAUGGAGAGGACACCGAUAAAGAAAGAGCAAGAUAAGGAGAAGACGGAGGAGGAGGCGGUGCGCCUUCGGAGGGAGAUUGGGCUGCUGCCUGCUGUGUCCUUCAUCAUCGGGACGGUGGUUGGCAGUGGGAUCUUUAUCGCUCCGAAGGGAGUGUUGAUGAACAGUGGCAGCGUGGGGCUGUCUCUGCUGGUGUGGGCGCUGUGUGGCAUCCUGUCCCUGUUUGGGGCCUUAUGUUAUGCUGAACUAGGAACCACUUUCACAAAAUCCGGAGGUCACUACACUUAUCUGCUGGAGACACUGGGGCCCCUACCGGCCUUCUUAAGACUCUGGGUUGAGUUCCUCUUUAUAAGACCAGCUGUGGCGUCCUAUGUCUCCCUAGCUUUUGGACGUUACGUUGUUGAACCUUUAUUUGCACCUUGUCCUGCUCCUUCAGCGCUAAUCAAACUCGUCAGUAUCCUCGGAGUGACGUUUGUUGUUGCCGUUAACUGCUGGAGUGUAAGCAUGGCCUCCCGCACUCAGAUCACCUUGACCUUCAUUAAGAUGUUUGCGCUGGUACUCAUAAUUAUUCCUGGGGUCAUAGCUCUAGCAAAAGGAAAGACAGAAAAUUUCCAGAAUGGAUUUGAGUUGGAGUCCAUAACUCUGGACAGGCUUCCACUGGCUUUCUAUAAUGGUUUAUAUGCAUACGGCGGAUGGUUUUAUCUGAACUUUGUCACAGAAGAAGUAAUAAAUCCCAAUAGAAACAUCCCUUUGGCAAUAAUCUGCUCCAUGGUGACGGUGACAGUGUUUUACGUGCUUGUAAAUGUGGCCUACUACACCGUGAUGACGCCCGCUGAGCUGCUGCUGUCUGAUGCAGUGGCUGUGACGUUUGCAAACUGUGCUCUUCAGGGCCUGGCCUCAGUGAUUCCCAUUCUGGUCGCUCUAUCUUGCCUUGGAGCUCUCAAUGGCGGCUUCUUCGGGUCACCCAGGAUGCUGUUUGUGGGUGCCAGAGAAGGCCACUGGCCGCCGAUCUUUUCCAUGAUUCAUAUCCGACAACGCACACCUUCACCUGCAGUGCUCCUCCUGUAUCCAUUGGUGGUGGUGAUGUUAAUCACUGGGGAAAUCUACCAGCUCAUCAACUUUGCCUCUUUUUCACGCUGGUUCUUCAUCGCCCUGGCAACCUUGGGCAUGCUCAUCCAUCGAUACCGCUUCCCCCACCACCCAAGGCCCUUCAAGGUCCCUUUGGUCAUUGCGGUCACCUUCACAGUGGUUUGCUUCUUCAUUGUGGGUUUCUCGCUUUAUUCGGACCCCUGGAACACGGGGCGGAGCUGUGCCCUCACUCUAACAGGAGUUCCAGUUUACUACAUGACUGUCCAUCGCUUUCGGGUGCCACAUAGAUUAACGCACAUUUUCAAUUAUUGCAGUAAGCAGCUGCAGAUCCUACUGGAAGUGGCUCAACAAGACGUCCAGACAUACUGAAGACACUCCUAUAAAUGACAGCGAUGCAGAGCGGCUGAAAGAUGAGACAAAAGAGGAGAGCCACAUGCAAGAGAAGAAUUUGACACAGAACAGUAAAAGCAAGUGCAAACAUGAGAAAGUUACAAAAAAAAAAAA